AUUAUUGUCGUCACACAAUGUAACGAAACACAAUUUGCGGUCGUUGAACAAGGGUUAAUAAACGAAACAACUUCAGUUUUACCUCAUCUAGAUUGAACUAUUUUUAAUUAAUUUUUUUUUUUUUAUUUAAGAAAUGAGUCUUAUAGUAAAACUUCGCAGUUUCUCGGCUGUUUUAUUUUGUUUUGUGUUCGUUAAAGAGGGCACGAACCAGUUACUACAAGCGACAGAUAAAAAUUACUACUUAGUGUCAGAAGCGUACAGCCUAGCCCAAAAGCUGUUCAACCAAGGCCGGGAAAGCUAUGGCCGGACGAAAACCAGAUCGCUCUUGACCAUAGACACGUUUGUGGACCUGGUCACAAUGAUGAACGACCAAAUGGCCAGGGAUUUGAGGAGUGCCGUCAUAAAGUAUUACAAGAUUAAAUAUUUUUAUGAUUUCACCAAUUACGUCAUUGCUUUGGAAGAGAUGGUGGAAAUAACAGAGCACUGUCUGAAAGAUCCGGUGGAACGAUUGAAGGAGAUAAGGGAGAGUUUCCACGAGGUAAUCAAGAACUUCCAGGACAGCAGGCACUUCAACUCUGUAAACAAAUGUCAGAAGGAGCUACCUGAUGAGGUGGCUGCCGCGCAUUGUAUACUGCAUCAGGCUGUGUUAUUCAAUGAAACGAUGCAAGACAGUCUAGUCCCAAUAGUCACAAUUAAAACGAGGCAGCACGCACAAGAUAUCAACAGCACUCUCUACGGCGUGCAGAGCUGUCUCAACGACUUUGUGCCGAGAAUCUUCCAGCAACUGUUAUUAGACUCCUAUACUAGCAAAUGUGAAUUUCUGAAGGUCAUUAACGCAUCGGUUUCCGAUUUAAUUAAGGAUAAAUGGAACAAUGAUACGAAGUUUCCUGAGAAGUGGGGGCCGCUGGUCAAGAUCUUGAAGGAGAAAACGAACGACUCGAAGAAAAAGCUUCAAGAUCCACUCUUUGUAACGUUAUUUGCGGCCAAUCUAUCUUCUGAAGAAAUUCUAAAAACUUUAUAUUAAAUUCGUAGGUUAAUGUUCAUUUAAAUGAAAAUAUUAGACACAU